AUACUCCUAGUUCUACUUUUCUUAUAAAACUGUAUUACUCUGACCACUAACCAAGCUUAUCGAUCUGAUUCAUUUCUCUUCUUCUUCUUCUUCUUCUUCUUCGUUUGUUUCGCGCAAUGGAAUUUUCUUCGUUUUCUUCUUCCUUCAUCUUCCACUUCAACCGCUUCAGAACCAUCGCGAACUCGUUCCUCUCGCAAUACGAGCCACUCGCUCUGCUCAUCGUUCCUCUCAUCUCCCUCCUCAUCGCUCACGCACUUCGCUCUUUCCUCAACAUCCUCCAUGACAAGGGUCUCAAAGCAACUAUCCUAGGGUUUCUCAUGACCUCCAUCAAAUUGGUUCCUGGUGUGAAGAGUUACAUUGAUGCUGAGAAAAAGAAGGUUGUGGAGAAGAUGCAGUCUGAUGGUAAAUCUAAAAGAGAAGGUUGGCAAACAGAGUUGCCAAGCACGGGAUUAGGAACAUCUAUCCUUGAGAAAAUGAGGGAGGAGAAAAGAAAAGAUGUGAUUUGGCAAGGCAAAUGCUCUGGUACAGUCUACAUUGGUGGAAAUGAAUCUGAGGGUCAUUUUUCUCUGAUAAAUGAGGCAUGCUCAAUGUUUGCACAUACCAAUCCUUUGCAUAUGGAUGUUUUCCAGAGUGUUGUACGCUUUGAGGCAGAAGUGGUUGCAAUGACAGCGGCAUUUCUUGGAAGUAAAGAAAAGACAUCCGGAGGACAAAUAUGUGGCAACAUGACCUCAGGAGGGACUGAAAGUAUAUUAUUAGCUGUUAAAUCAGCUCGUGAUUAUAUGAAAUCUAAGAAAGGAAUUACAAGACCCGAAAUGAUAAUUCCUGAGUCUGGACACUCGGCAUAUGACAAAGCUGCACAGUAUUUUAAUAUCAAACUAUGGCGUGUUCCAGUUAACAAAAGUUUUCAAGCAGAUGUGAGAGCAACUCGACGUCAUAUUAACAAAAAUACCAUUUUGAUUGUUGGAUCUGCUCCUGGGUAUCCUCAUGGAAUAAUUGACCCCAUCGAAGAACUUGGUCAUCUAGCCUCAAGCUAUGGUGUUUGUUUCCACGUGGACCUUUGCCUUGGUGGCUUUGUAUUGCCUUUUGCUCGUGAGCUUGGGUACCACAUUCCACCUUGUGAUUUUUCUGUUCAAGGGGUUUCUUCAAUAUCAGUGGAUGUGCAUAAAUAUGGGUUAGCUCCCAAAGGAACAAGUGUAGUUCUAUAUAGGAAUCAUGAAAUCAGAAAGCAUCAAUUUGUUGCUGUUACCGAGUGGUCCGGUGGGUUGUAUGUAUCUCCCACCAUGGCUGGAAGCAGGCCUGGAAGCCUUAUUGCUGGUGCAUGGGCAGCAAUGAUGUCUCUUGGAAAAGAUGGUUACUUGAGAAAUACAAAAGCACUUAUGGAAGGAUCAAAAAGUAUACAGAAAGGCAUAGAAGAGAUUGCGGAAUUGUUUGUCGUUGGAAGACCCGAUAUGACAAUCGUAGCGUUUGGAUCGGAUGUUCUGGAUAUAUUUGAAGUUAACGAUAUUAUGUCAUCUAAAGGGUGGCAUUUGAAUGCAUUGCAGAGACCCAACAGCAUCCAUAUCUGUGUAACACUACAGCUUGUACCAGCUGUUGACGACUUUCUCAAGGAUCUAAAGGAAUCUGUGGAAACUGUGAAAAAAAAUCCUGGCCCAAUAAGUGGAGGCCUAGCACCUAUAUAUGGCGCCGCAGGGAAAAUGCCAGAUAGAGGCAUGGUCCAGGAGUUGCUGGUAGAUUUUAUGGACGGUACCUGCUAGUGGUGUUCACAACCUCACAUGUAUUUAUUGCACCCUAAUUUUCUGAAUUUGGGUAGCUCCCUUUUGCACAAUCACGGUCCCUACUCACAAUGACGGCCAGCACAUGUUCUCUAUAGCUUCAUUCUGCACAAUCACGACCAUUAAUUUUUACAAUUAAUGGUUGAGAUUAAUCUUAAUAAAAAUAGAUUAUUAAAUUAAAAAAAAUCAUGUUUAUUUGUCUGCUGGAGAAGAUCCAAAUUAGAAUUUUCUGUGAUAUGUUCUGUAACAAACCCCUACUAAAUAUUAUCAUUUGAUUUUACUGGAUAUUCUUUAA